UGGUAAACAACGGCGGCACAGCGUACUCCGGGUUGUUUGAAUCUGGGCAGUGACGAUAUUGUGAAAAAUGUCCAAUUUUGCCAAUCUUAUGAUCACCACAAAUGCAUCAAAAUUAAGAUCUGAAAAACGUUAUCCGCUUGAUAUAACUUUGGGUCAAUUGAAGGAGAAGCUAGUUUUAAUUACAGGUUGCGAUAACCGUACAAUGAAAGUAGAAUUGUUUGAUAAUGAGGAUAGACCCUUGGGUCAAUUAGUUGGUGAUGAUAAACCACUUUAUGAUUUCGGGAUUGAAAAUGGGAUGCACAUUCAUGUAGCAGAUCCUACGAUACAAGAUGGAGCAUACGAUCAAGUUGAGGAACCGGUUGAAACUUACCAAAUAUCCGCUGAGGAGUAUGCAAAACGUGAGGAAUCAGUAUUGGCAUGGAAACGGCGUAACAAAAUUGGGCAGUUUCGAGACGUUGAUCCUGAAGAAAAGAAACGGACAGAAGAACAACGUCAGUUGGCUGAAUUUCACGAAAAACAAAAUGCUGAAUCAUUAUCUAUAGGUUCCCGGUGUGAAGUUCGAAUUCCUGGUCAACCGACAAAGCGAGGUGUAAUAGAAUUCGUUGGCCAAACCAAAUUUAAACCUGGUUAUUGGGUUGGAGUUCGUUAUGAUGAACCUUUAGGAAGAAAUGAUGGGAGUAUUGAUGGAGUACGAUAUUUUCAAUGUCCGGAAAAGUAUGGUGCAUUUGUUAAACCGCAAUAUGUUGAAGCUGGUGACUUUCCUGAACUUGGUAUUGAUGAUCUAGAUGAAAUUUAAUUAUUUAUGAUCUUUAUAUCAAUCUCCUUGUAUAAAAGUGGAAAUAUUUUUAUACAUUCAAUGGAAAAUGUAUCAAGCAUAAUAUAUUUGAUAACUUUCAAUGUACAAUAAAAAAGGUCAUAAUUGGUUCAUUUUGUUUAUGAUCGUUAAUACAAUGAAAUAGAUGGUCACGGUGUAUAGUUUUUGUUCAUUCGUUAAAUACAGAAGAAAUAAUGAAUUCACUGUUGACACUAAAUAAUAAUUUCUUCUUACUUUAUCAUCUAUCACUUAUUAGAAUGUAAUUAACCAGCUUUACCUGUCGAAAUAAAGGUGUUUAAUCUAUCGAAUGUUAAAAACUGUCUAGUUGAAUUAAAACUGUUUAGUACAUCACAUAAUGACAUAUUUUCUUGUUUUUGAACACUUGUAAAACACUAUUUAUAGGUGGG